GUAGACGUUACAGGAUCGGAAGUGGCUGGCAGAGCGGGGAGUGCUGUGAUCGGGCGGAGUGUAUGUCUGCAGUCAUAUGACUAGAGUGAUGGAGUGUUACUGGAGGCACCGUAGUUGGUAGUGGCGGCGCGACGUUAUGUGUCCAAUGCUGACACUUUAAUGUCACUUUGUAGCUGGGACUUUCCAGCAAUAUGCCGCCCACACUUUUCCAGAAGCUUUUCACCAAGAGGAGUGGGCAGCUGUCCCCGAGCAGAGACCACAGAGAGGACUAUGCCUUCAGCUGGCCAUCAUAUGAGUUCGAUCCAAGUCAGAUACGCUUGAUUGUAUACCAGGACUGUGAGAAGCGAGGACGAAAUGUCUUGUUUGAUUCCAAUGCCAAGCGAAAGACCGAGGAGCUUUCUGUUUCGAAACUUGUGAGUGACGCUCCAGUGAGGGUGUUCGGGAAGUGUUGCCAGCUUAGACCUGGAGGCGACAGCUCUUCAUCUUUAGAUAGUUCGGCUAACUCUUCUGACACAAAAGAACAAUGCCCCAAAUACCAGAGUUCUCGAUGUUCUUCGGAUUGCAACAUGCUUGGAGAAAUGAUGUUUGGUUCUGUGGCCAUGAGCUACAAAGGCUCCACCCUAAAAAUUCAUCAGAUACGCUCACCUCCUCAACUGAUGCUGAGCAAAGUGUUCACUGCACGGACUGGGAGCAGCGUCUAUGGCAGCCUUAACACAUUACAAGACAGCCUUGAGUACAUAAGCCAUGACAACAACACAUUAAAAACUGAGAACAGCAGCAUUAUGAACGGUCUCCUUGGAAACAUAGGUCUGUCUCAGCUCUGCAGCCCCAGGCGGGCAUUCUCUGAGCAGGGCCCGCUCCGCCUCAUCCGGAGUGCUUCUUUCUUUGCAGUACAUAGCAAUCCAAUGGACAUGCCUGGCCGGGGGUUGAAUGAUGACAGAGACAGUGGAAUAGCGAGAUCAGCCUCGCUCAGCAGUCUUCUGAUCACCCCUUUCCCAUCUCCAAGCUCAUCACUUAACAGCAGCUGUGCCAGUAGCUACCAGCGACGCUGGCGUCGUAGUCAAACUACCAGCCUGGAGAAUGGAGUAUUUCCUCGAUGGUCAGUAGAGGAAAGCUUUAACAUGUCAGAUGAAAGCUGUGGGCCCAGCCUGGGUGUUGUGCGGAAGAAGAAGAUCGCCAUAGGUGUAAUUUUCUCGUUGUCAUCUGAUGAGGACGAAAAUGAAAAAUUCCAUGAGUUUUUCUUCUCUCACUUUCCUCUUUUUGAGAGUCACAUGAACAAGUUGAAGAGUGCCAUAGAACAGGCAAUGAAAAUGAGUCGGAGAUCCGCAGAUGCCAGCCAGAGAAGCUUGGCUUAUAAUAGGAUUGUGGAGGCCUUGAAUGAAUUUCGGACAACGAUCUGUAAUCUGUACACCAUGCCCAGAAUAUCUGAACCUGUUUGGCUAACAAUGAUGUCUGGAUCACCAGAGAAAAAUCACCUUUGUCAGCGAUUUAUGAAGGAGUUUGCCUUCCUCAUGGAAUACACAUCAAAGAAUCAGUUCCUUCCAGCACUCCUUACAGCUCUCCUCACCAAUCAUCUUGCCUGGGUACCAACAGUCAUGCCCAAUGGGCAGCCACCAAUUAAAAUCUUCCUAGAAAAGCACUCAUCACAAAGUGUGAAUAUGUUGGCAAAGACCCACCCAUACAACCCUCUUUGGGCACAGCUAGGAGAUUUAUAUGGAGCUAUUGGGUCACCAGUGCGAUUAGCAAGAACAGUUGUCAUUGGGAAAAGGCAAGAUCUUGUGCAAAGGCUACUUUAUUUCCUCACCUACUUUAUAAGGUGUUCAGAACUUCAAGAGACCCACCUCCUGGAGAAUGGAGAGGAUGAAGCCAUCGUUAUGCCUGGUACAGUGAUCACUACAAUGCUGCAGAAGGGUGAAGUGGAGGAGUCUGACUAUGUGCUCAUUACAAUGCACAAGAAUAAGGGUUGCCUGAUAAACAAUGAUUCAAAUGAAACCAGGACUUCUGAAAAUAAAUGUUGCUGCUGCCAGUGCCCCAUUACUGACCAGCAGGAAUCGCAAGAGGAAAAGGAGGUCCCUCCAAGGUCAGUGAAAGAGUCAUUGGAAGCAGAUACCAAUGGAAGCCAAGAAGUUGUUGGUUAUACUGAAGUCUACAAAGACAAAUCAAGGACUUGCCUGGAAACAAAAAUAGAGACUGUCAUUAACAUUCGGGCAGCCCCACUAGAGAAAUGCUCCUUGCCGGUUGGAUGCCUAGAGCCAUCGGUUCAAGUGGUGGAAAAUGAGAACUUGCAUGAGGAAGGUCUAGCAGUAAAAGGUAUGAGAACUAAUGAAAUCUGCAUAGAGAAGAAACCUCCAGAUAAGAUCCCAACUGCAGCAAUGCCUUGCGGUGCUGGUCAGCUUCUUAACAAGGUGAAGUUUCAGAUUGGCGAUUCUAUGUCCCCAGACUCUGAUAUAGAAAUAAAAAGCCAAAAUGUAGUGGAUCAAAUCCAGAAGCACCAUCUGAAACCGGUGCAGGAACAGAGGACACGUAUUUCUGAUUCUAUCAGUGUAGCAACGCAGAGUGCCGAGGACCAAAAAAGUAGUAUGCCGAGUGAGAAGCUUUCCAGGGUGGCAAGCAAGCUUCAAAACUGGAAUCCUUUUCAUCAAGAGAACAUUAGCAUGUUUGAUGAGUACUUUCCAGAAGAUGGUUCUAUUGAGGCAAAAAUCAUUGAUGAUAUUCCACAGGCAAAACAAAAGAAUACAGGGUGCACACAAAGACUGUGUGAAACGGAUAAAGCACCUAGUAAUGUAAACACUUCUGUUCUUCCAAAUUUAUGCAAAAACUGUUGUGUUGAACAGGACCAAAGAGACAAAGUCUCUGUAUCUGUCCCCCAUGGGGAUAAAGAGAAAUCUGAGAAUAAGGUUGUGGUGGGCACUGACUGGGACAUUCCGAGGAACGAGAGUUCAGAUAGUGCCCUUGGUGACAGUGAGAGUGAGGACACAGGUCACGAGCUUCAUGCACCAAGUAUUAACUACUACGGGGCGGAACAAGUAGACUGGAUUGAAGAAGAGGAGAUUGCUUUCCCAGGGUCAAAGCUGGUGGAAGUCAAUUGUGUGAAGCCUAAUAUUGCUAACUUUGGAAGAUCCUUACUAGCAGGCUACUGUGCAUCUUACGUACCAGACUUUGUUCUGCAAGGAAUAGCAAGUGAGGAGAAGUUGAGGCAGUGCCUAAUGUCAGAUCUUUCACAUGCUGUACAGCAUCCAGUUUUGGAUGAGCCCAUUGCGGAGGCUGUCUGCAUUAUCGCAGACGUAGACAAGUGGUCUGUACAAGUUGCUAGUAGCCAGAGAAGGACAACAGACAAUAAGCUAGGCAAGGAAGUGCUGGUAUCCAGCCUGGUCUCCGGCCUGCUUCAUUCCACCCUCCAACUUUACAAACACAAUCUGUCAGCAAAUUUUUGUAUCAUGCACCUGGAGGACAGGCUACAGGAGCUGUACUUCAAGAGUCGAAUGUUGUCUGAAUACCUAAAAGGACAAACAAGAGUCCACGUAAAGGAGCUAAGCAUGGUGCUAGGAAUUGAAUCAAGUGAUCUUCCCUUGCUUGCCGCUGUUGCCAGCACCCACUCUCCAUAUGUUGCUCAGAUCCUUCUGUAAUGGAAGAUGCAUUAGAUGGACUGAAUUGCCAGAAGUACAAAAAAGACUGUAGUUUAUUCAGAAUCUGGUAACAAUGACUGAUCUGGCUUUGUGAUCUGUCAAAUCCUGAAGAUAAUCACAGAUGAGGAGAAGGUUCACUCCUGUAUGUGUGAGAGUCAUACUGCUAAAAGUAUUGAAGACUGUUGAACAGAAAUCUCAAAAAGAAAAAUGUACUCAUUUUCAGAGUAACACGAUUUUGAGUUCUUUUUACAGCAACAUUUCAGACUCCUGUUCCAAAUUUUGAAGAUGGAGACUUUUUUUUUUUUUGAGGGGAUAAUUUUUGAUUAUAUUGUAAAUAGACUAAGAGGAAUUGAACAAAUGUUGAGGAUGACUUUAAAUGUUUGCUUUAUACUAACAAAACAUCUAAAAUCACUAAUUCUGUCAGGUGACUUCUAUGAGAGCAGUGCUUUUUUACCUGUAUUUUUUGUACCCAUUGGCAUUGUAUACUACAUUUCAUAUCAAACCCUUUGAAAUGUCACAUUUUAUAAACCUACAAGUUACUGUUCAGUGACUUCAAUGAACUGUGCUGGACUUUAGGAAGGCAUUAAAAGAGCAAAAAUAGUGUACUGAAGCCAAUCAGAGGUGUGCUCCCUCGCCACUUCCUCCUGUGGCAUCCAAAAGCAAGUGUGGGAAGUCCCACUCUCUUAGCCAGGGCUCCAGUUGUUUGGUGGGGCAUGUGUAUAUAAGCCCAGGGGUAAGCUGUCUGCAGACAGUCACCCUGAAUGGUAAAAGACCAGUGCCUCUUUAAUGUUGAAGUGCCCAUGUCCUUACACACAAUACAGCCAGCCAUUUGUUAUUGUGUAUCACUUUUCACUUAGACUGAAAUUCCUGAAAUAAUUUGCAGACCCUACAAAAUGACAGCCAUGCUUUUUGUGGACAGCAGCAACAUUUUAAUGAAAUUUAAUUUAGCAUGUUGUACUACCUCAUAUUAGUGUGCCAAUCUCUCGCAAAAAUACAGGAAAGUUAUGGAACACAAUUAUCAAUGCAUAAACUCAAUAGUUCAUCCACUGUUCCUGUCUCCCCAUUUUUACAUAUAUGUUGACUUUAGGGGUCUUUCUAUUUUACCGAUGUUACUCUAGAGGGACCUCACCAUGUAAAUCCUUCUGCAGUUUUUGAACUUUUUAGGGACUUUUUUGUUUCCGGAAUUCACAUAUUUUCUCAUAUUUUAAAUAUGCACAGAUUAUUUCAUAGAGUGCUACUGAAAUAUUUCUGAGCGUUCCCAAUUUUUACAAGUCUGCACAAUUCCUGCACGUUAAAAACUAAAAUAUCUUCCAAGUGAACUAUAGUUGGUAAGAGAACAUUUCCCUGCUUUGCAGGUAUGUCACAUUGGUGUUUGAAAGGAUGCCUAUGGCUACUAAAAAAAAUAAAGUCAGCAGCUACAAAUACUGUAGCUGCUGACUUUUAGUAUAUGAACACUUACCUGUCCAGGAAGCCCGUAAUGUGUGCUCCCCAGCCGAUUUUUCGGAUCUGCUGUCUGGUGCUGCCGCUGCCUUCACCACUAAGGGAAACGGGCGGUGAAGCCUUUCAGCUUCAUAGCUGGUUCCCUACUGUGCAAAGCGUGGAGGAAGGAGGGCGAACCUCCAAAGGGAUGGCACCACAGCACCUUCUCCUGGAGGUAGGGAAGGAUGCCUGUCAAAAACGGGUACCCUUUCCCCCCUCCCCCAUGAAAGGUGCCAAAUGUUGCUGCAGAGGGGGGAGGAAGCAGAUAAGCGGAGGUUCCACUUUUGAUUGGAACUCUGCUUUUAACCCUACUUUUUACAAAAAUGUUAAAUGUGUUAAAGCAAACCUAUUGUCAGAUUAGUACAGGGGAUGCAAUUGCUGAUGUCUAGAAAAUGCUAGCUGACUGACUUUAUUACUUUCUGGUAAAAAAAAAAUAUGCACAUCAGGAAAGUUUGAAAUCCGCAUACUUGCCUCAGGUGAGUGACGCAAUAAUGAAGCAAGAAGGUCAGCAUGGCAAGCAAGCAACCUGCAUUUUUUGACAGAUUGGAUCCUCAAUGUCUGUUAUAACCUUUCUCCCUAAGAUCUAGCUCUCCCAAUACUUUCUUUAGCAGCAAUGAAGAAUUUGAGCUCCUGUUUACUUUUAGAAUUCUUUGUUAAUUUUCUCUUUUUAUAUCGAAAUACCUUUUCUCUGUGCACAACUGAUCAUCAUUUAAACCUCUAAAUCAUUAAAAGUGGAUGUAAACCCGAUUCAUGAAAUCUGAGCUAGGCACAUAUAUCUGCAGUGUUUUGUUAUCUCUCCAUGUCCCAAAGCUGUCUCCUGCUCCGUUCUCAGCCUGAUAACUCCUGACAAAUUCUCCGACACAUAUGAUAAAAGCAUCCAGAGUUCUGUGUUGGGGAGGAUGCUAUAAAUUAGUAGUGUGCCGAAAGAUUCAACAAACAGGGCUGAAAGUCUCUGCCUAUGAGGAGAGGGGGUGUGUGCCUUUCCUCCAAUCAGCUGUCUUGACUGUAUGCCCAGGCUUCACUGCAGUGCUAACCAGGAAAAGAAAAUCUACUAGCACGAUGUGCAAACAUUAUAUAAAGAUGAAGACAGCAGAUAUACAUGUAAAACUUAUAUAGGGAGCUUUUUCAUCCCUCUGUAUCAUCUGGUUGUUCACUUUACUGAGUUUAUGUGAGGGUUUUCAUCCACUUUGAUGUUAAUUACGAGAUCUAUUGGAAAUUAAAUGCAUCUAAAUGAUAUCCAUCAGAAUAUGUCACCGCUUCAACUUGACUGAAGCAUAAUGCAGAGUAAUGUAUUUCAGACCCUGGCUAAUUCUAAUUUGUGAUAUUUGAACAUGGCUAACACACAGAGGUUGGAGACCACCUCACUAAAGAAAUCCCCCUUUUCAUGUACUACACGUGGCCUUCAGUAAAAAUCUUGCUCCCAUAAUGAGUUCCACUUACUAAACUGGGACAUUGGUUUAAUUUCUGCUCCUUUAUGCUGGGGCUUGAGUGCACUAUAUAAGAUUUCUACAUAUAGACCUGCUCCAAGGAAAGGAUCUAUGCAAUAAUACUGUUUAUAAUUCCCCAGUGCUAGUAUUGCAAUAUCCUUUCCUCUGUUUUAUUUAUAGACAGUCAUAUAAUAUAUGCACAAGUGUACGUGCUGCUGCACGCAUGAAAGCAGUAUGACCUAUAUUUGUAAACAUUUUUACCGUACUUCUUGAAUUUCAACAUAAUCAUCAUAAUACCCUAUUUAACUUUCUUUUUUUAUUUCUGUUGUAGCUACAUUUGUGAAAAGCAAACCAUUUUUAGAAUGUGAACCACGCAUUGCAAUAGAGGUUAACAUAGUGUAUUUCUUAUUUUUGUGAAUAAGAAUUUGAUUGCCCUUUAAAUUUCUAAUUUGUCCAGAUUAGGGUUAGUUUGGUUGCUCCUGUUUUGAGUAUAUUGCAGACUAUGCUUUGUAUUUAGUGAGCCUUUAUUUUUCAAACAUUUAAAUUACCUUGGUUAUAUAUUAAAUGUGCAUUGCUCAUAAUUGGGAUAUUAAUUUUUAUUACCAUUAUGGAAGUUUUUGCUCUUUUUUUAUUAUAACGUAUAUAGAUUUAUAAAAAGAAAAAAAAUCAAAAUUCUACUAACCAAUAUGUUGGUUUUGUCAAGUGAGCUAUGAAAUGGAAUGCCAGUCUGUAAGAGAUGAUCUGAAGAGUGAUGACAUUACCUAUGGCAUAACAUAUUUAGAGACCUAAAACCUUCUGUACAAGUAAUUGAGCAUAGGGGUGUGUGGGUAUAUAUCCAAAUUAAAAACAUUGAGGGCAGAUAGCUGGAUACCAAGCGCCCCCCGAGUUACAAACAUGUGACUUACAAAUGAUUCAUACUUGCAAACGGUGGGAGACAACAGGAAGUGAGAGAAAAUUUACUCCUGUAGGAGUUAUCGGAAAAGGUGUAUCUACUGAAGCUUUAUCACUAAUCAUUCUUUCCACAACAACCCAAAUUUUUUAAAAUCAUAUUGUCACAGGGAACAAAAGUGAGUUAAUCUUCUGAACAGGGGCACAGACCGCAAAACCAACUUUUACAGGGGUGUUAUAACCCUUCCCUAUGCUAUCCAAAAAACGUAAAAAAAAUAAAUGUGUCUGUAGUUAAACGUAAUAAAAAAUGUACCAACUUGCAUACAAAUUCAACUUACAAACCUAUGUAACCUAUCUUAUUUGUAACCUGGAGACUGCCGGUAUGUCUAUUAGAUCAUCAAAUUUAGCUGAUCAGUCCAGAAAAUAGAGCAGUAAAAUUUAGGUUGAUGAAGAAAAUAUAUUUUUUUCAAAGCUGCAUUUGCAAAGAUUAGCUCCGUGGGCAUCGCCAGCUGUUAAUACCCAAUGAGUCUUGGAUUUUCCAUAAAUGCUCCUUCUCUGUUGUGACAUCCAUGAUGUGCUUCAUGUUUGGAGCUCAACGUACUUAAGAGCCUAAGAAACCAGCCAGAGGUAAAGUUUAUCACUAGUUUUUCGCUGCUAUUUUUGUUCUUGUGAAAUGUGAUCACUUUUUCUCCUAUGUUUUAUAAUUGGAUGCCCAAUUUUUAAUUAAUUUGAUGGAGGCAAAAAAUUGACAAAUGACAGAUGUAUUUGUUUACUUGGAUGACAUUUGUCCAAACUGUGUAUUGCUACUUUAUCUGCCUUGCAGUUAAAUGCCUUAUUUUGAUGUUAAAUCGCAACUCCAAGCAAUAGGCUAAAUAUGUAAGUGAAAUCCAUAUAUUGAAUAUCUGCAAAUUAAUUUCAAUUUCUGUGUAUCCAGUCACGAGAGUUUCAAAAAAAAUAAAGUAUGAUCUUUAUUUUAUGUGAAAUACUGUGACCCAUAAUAACCUCUCCAGGAGGUUUGGAAAAGCGAUCAGCUGUGUUAUGUACAAGCAGGGCAGACAUUAGGAUCCUCUCCAAGACACAAGUAGAUGGGCUUGUCACAACCCCCUUUAAAUAUACAUUUUUGAUGAAGUGCUUGCAUAACUGCACAUGAAAUUGGUGCACAUUUGCAGAACAGUUUUAAUGCCUAUUCUGAAUACCAGCAAAAAAAGUAAUGUGUACAGUAAAUGCAUAUUUCACCUGUAAUGAGAUGGUGGUACUUUAUUACCAUAUAUGAUCACCUUAUAAAAAUAAUUCAUAUUGCUUUUUAAUUGAAGCAUCUAGGAAAUUCAUGUGCUCACCAUUUUUUUAAAAAAAACCCUCACACAACAAAAAAUAAAAUAAACAAACUGUAUAUAUUUAAUGCUUUUGAAGCUGCCACAAAUAACAUAAUUUGUGCACUGAAGUGUUCUCAAUACAAAGAAACAAUGUACCUUUUAUCCUUCCCUUGUACUUAAAUAUGUUUUCUACAAUUUUCCCUGCUGUUGACCAAAAUUUUGGCAAUGAAAUCUUUUAAUUCACGUCUUAACUCCCUGGCAGCAAACAUCAGCUCAUCCUAUGUAUGUCUGCGUGUGUGUGUGAGUAAUAUAUGCGCUCUUAGGGAUUGCUGUAAAACAGUGGUGGUGUUUAUUUCCUUGCUUAAAUUAUUUAGAACCAUGUGUAUAAUGUGUACAGAGCAGUCUUCCUGUUUUUUUUGUAAAUAUUUUCAAUAAUAUGCAUUGUAUCAUAUUAACUGUACCCAAUUUUGUGGGCAACUUUUGUGCAAUAAAUUUGGUCUUGUCAAUA